CAGGCAGUACUGCUGUAUGGACUCUCAGGUCAUCAGGCUCCAGUGUGACCUCACCCACUCCAGGCCUGCCUCCUCAUUGCCAGCUAUGACAUCUUGCAACUUCACACAUACCACCUUUGUGCUUAUCGGUAUCCCAGGACUAGAAGCAGCCCAUUUCUGGAUUGGCUUUCCCUUGCUUUCAAUGUAUGUGGUGGCAGCAUUUGGAAACUGCAUUGUUGUCUUCAUCGUAAGAACUGAGCGCAGCCUCCACGCUCCCAUGUACCUCUUCCUCUGCAUGCUGGCAGCCAUCGAUCUGGCCUUGUCCACAUCCACCAUGCCCAAGAUCCUUGCCCUCUUCUGGUUUGACUCCCGGGAGAUUAGCUUUGAUGCCUGCCUUGCCCAGAUGUUCUUUAUUCAUGCUCUCUCAGCUAUUGAAUCCACCAUCCUGCUGGCCAUGGCUUUUGACCGGUACAUAGCUAUCUGCCACCCAUUGCGCCAUGCUGCAGUGCUCAACAACACAGUAACAGCCCAGAUUGGCAUGGUGGCCGUGGUCCGUGGAUCCCUCAUCUUUUUUCCACUGCCUCUGCUCAUCAAGCGAUUGGCCUUCUGCCACUCCAAUGUGCUCUCACACUCCUACUGUGUGCACCAAGAUGUGAUGAAGUUGGCCUAUGCAGACACUUUGCCCAAUGUAGUCUACGGUCUUACUGCCAUCCUGCUGGUCAUGGGUGUGGAUGUCAUGUUCAUCUCCUUGUCUUAUUUUCUGAUUAUAAGAACGGUUCUACAACUACCUUCCAAGUCAGAGCGGGCCAAGGCCUUUGGGACCUGUGUGUCACACAUCAGUGUGGUACUGGCCUUCUAUGUGCCACUCAUUGGCCUCUCAGUGGUGCACCGUUUUGGAAAAAGCCUCGAUCCCAUUGUUUAUGUUCUCAUGGGUGAUGUCUACCUACUUCUGCCUCCUGUGGUCAAUCCCAUCAUCUAUGGUGCCAAGACCAAACAGAUAAGAGCACGAGUACUGGCCAUGUUCAAGAUCACCUGUGACAAGGACCUUCAGACUCCUUUGAAAAUCCUCUGCUCACUCUCUGCUGUGUACUAAGACAGAUGGCUUUGUAUUUGUGAUAAGAGAUAACCCUGCCCUUGACCUACGUGUUUCAAGAUAAGGACAAACUGAUCCAACAAUAACUCUGCCUGGACUCAAGUUCUGAAGAGGAGACCUCUGAGCAAUCCCCACCAAGACCAUCCUAAGCUUAACCCCAGCCCCCAACCCCACCCC